UACAAUCUUCGCCCGGCGCAAGCAGCGUUUCCUCUGAUUGACUUAACGCCCGCUAUUGAGGAAAGCGCUUCUGUCAUUUUUGUAAAUAAAUAAAUAUAUUUUUUUGUAUUACGUUGCUCAAAAUGCCGGAUUUGGCGGUAGAAAAAGUUGUCGUCCAUCCCUUGGUCCUGCUGAGUGUUGUAGAUCAUUUUAACAGAAUUGGAAAAGUCGGAAGUCAGAAACGGGUCGUAGGUGUGCUGCUCGGCUCGUGGCAUAAAAAGAUUCUCGAUGUGUCCAACAGCUUUGCAGUGCCUUUUGAUGAAGACGAUAAGGACGACUCUGUGUGGUUCCUGGACCACGACUACCUGGAGAACAUGUAUGGAAUGUUCAAGAAAGUCAAUGCAAGAGAAAGGAUAGUCGGCUGGUACCACACUGGUCCAAAACUGCACAAGAACGAUAUUGCAAUCAACGAGCUCAUGAAGCAGUACUGUGCCAACUCGGUUUUAGUCAUUAUUGAUGUCAAACCCAAAGACUUGGGCCUGCCAACUGAAGCCUACAUCUCUGUGGAGGAAGUGCAUGAUGAUGGAACGCCGACGUCAAAAACAUUCGAGCACGUUACCAGUGAGAUCGGAGCCGAAGAAGCCGAGGAAGUCGGAGUGGAGCAUUUGCUUCGAGACAUCAAGGACACCACCGUAGGCACGUUGUCUCAGCGCAUCACCAAUCAAGUCCACGGUCUGAAAGGCCUCAACUCCAAGCUGUUAGACAUCAAGAGCUACCUGGAGAAGGUGGCUACAGGAAAGCUGCCCAUCAACCAUCAGAUCAUCUACCAGCUGCAGGACGUGUUCAAUCUGUUACCAGACGUCAACCUGCAGGAGUUCAUCAAGGCCUUCUAUCUCAAGACCAACGACCAGAUGCUGGUGGUCUACCUGGCCUCGCUCAUCCGCUCCGUGGUGGCCCUCCACAACCUCAUCAACAACAAGAUCGCAAACCGCGACGCCGAGAAGAAAGAGGGUCAGGAGAAGGACGACAGCAAGAAAGAGAAGAAAGAAGACAAGGAGAAGGACAAGGAGAAGGACAAGGGUGACUCUGCGGCGAAGAAAGACGACAAAAAGGAAAAGAAAUGAACUUUAAAAUCCUGAAAUGGACUGACACCAUCUUGGCUGAAAUGACGAUGUUUGGGUUUCUUCUCUUUUCCUGCAGGUUUAGUCAAGUCUCAGCUCUCUAUUUCGGUAGAGAACGUUAAAGGAGGCUUUCUGCUUUUUCUAUCCAUAUUAAAAGCACCCAUCUACUAUCACUAUAAAAAUGCCCCAAAACCAGAUACGUUGCAUAUUUUAUUGAUAAUAUCGAUGAUUUACAUUGUUUUUUUUUUUUUGUCACUACAUGCAUACAAAAAUGUGCAUAAUGUUGCAUAUUCAUUAAACAUACCUCCUAAAGAACUUUUUCAUUCAAUCGUAGUCUUGGAGAGAGAAAAAAAAGCAUUUCAAGGAACACAAAAAAGCAGAAAGUCACAAAUAAACUGUAAUAGAUGUUUUC